UGCUGUCAGUGAGGUGUGCAGAUUUCAUUUAUUGCAUGUAGAGCGGAAGCUAUGUUGCGAAACAUCAGGAGGAGUUAGAUCCAUUUGCAGAUUGAUUGAGAAUAGUCAGAUGAUACGGAGUCAAAUACCGGCAAGGCAGGACAAUGGAGACCAGGCCGAGACAGAAACAUGACCAGGCGAGAGAUCAGGGCAGGCAGCCGACAAAAAGAGUCCAGGGGAAGCAAUCCAGGUCGGGACAGGCAGAAAACAAUCAGAGAAUCGAGAAACAGUCCAAGGAUCAUCCUAAAGGAAAGGGUCUGACGCCGUAUCAGGGAACGAAGAGGUGUUUCGGAGAGUACAAGUGUCCCAAAUGCAAGAGGAUGUGGAUGAGUGGAAACUCUUGGGCGGACAUGGGUCAGGAGUGCAUCAAGUGCCACAUCAACAUCUAUCCUCACAAACAGAGGCCUCUGGAGAACCCCGACGGUCUGGACGUAUCUGACCAGAGGAAAGAACAUCCUCAGCAUCUGUGUGAGAUGUGUAUUAAUCUCGGAUACUACUGCCGUCGAGUUCGGUGACCUCUGACCUCCACAGACGCCCGUCACACCCUCAUCACCUCACUUCAGUUUGACAAUAUUCACUGAUUCCUGAUUUAAAGCAGUGCUCUGGUAAAUCUGACUGAAGUGUUGAUUACCACAGAAAAUGACCUUUUAAAUAAUUAACUUGUGGCUGUUAAAUUAAAGAGUGCACUGGAAUUAAAACUCAAAUGUGUACGUCAAACAAAUUUAUGAUGAA